GUUUGAGUGCAGGGGAAGUGUGCCCAAGGCUUUGAGGCUAGCAGCUCUGAACUGGAAAAGGGCAGCUCCUGUAUGACUCUAGGCUCUGUGUUCCUUCAGAGAGGUCUGUAAAGGCUGGUGGCCCUGGAUCCUGGGUUCAGGACACCCUGCAGAAAAUGAGUAGGAGGCCCGAGGCCUGGCCUCCAGCAGCUUGGGAGGUGGUCCAGGCUGCCUUUGCCUUUGCCAGCAACAGCUCCAACUGAGAACCCCCGCCCCGGGGCUCUUCCACAGGCCCUCCUUCCCCUGGUUCCUGGGAGGACAGGCGUGAUGACCGACUCCCCAUUCCUGGAGCUAUGGCACCCCAAGGCAGUGUCCAUCCGUGAGCGACUGGGCAUCGGGGACCAGCCGAAUGACUCCUACUGCUACAACUCAGCCAAAAACAGCACCGUGCUCCAGGGGGUCAACUUUGGCGGUAUCCCUGUCGUCCUGCUCAUAGACGUCAGCUGCUUCCUGAUUUUAAUAUUGGUGUUUUCCUUCAUAAGAAGAAGAUUCUGGGAUUACGGCCGCAUUGCUAUGGUAUCAUCAGAAACAGAAAGUGAGUCUAGAUUCCGGAGGCUGUCAUCUUCUUCCUCCUCAGGGCAACAAGACUUUGAAAAUGAGCUGGGAUGCUGCCCCUGGCUGACGGCCAUCUUCCGCCUGAACAAUGACCAGAUCCUGGAGUGGUGUGGAGAGGAUGCCAUCCACUACCUGUCCUUCCAGAGACACAUCAUCUCGCUGCUGGUGGUGGUCAACUUCUUGUCCCUGUGCAUCAUCCUACCCGUCAACCUCACAGGAGACUUGCUGGAUAAAGACCCUUACAGUUUUGGGAGGACCACAAUAGCAAACCUACAGACUGACAACAACCUUCUCUGGCUGCACACCAUCUUCGCUGUCAUCUACCUCAUCCUCACCGUGUGCUUCAUGCGGCACCAUACCCAGUCCAUCAGGUACAAAGCAGAGAGCCUGGUGAGACGGACCCUGUUCAUCACAGGGCUCUCCAGAGAUGCCAACAAGGAGUUGGUGGAGAGCCACUUCCGGGACGCGUAUCCCACAUGCCAGGUGGUGGAGGUCCAGCUGUGUUACAAUGUAGCCAAGCUGAUGUACCUGUGCGAGGAGAGGAAGAAGACCAAGAAGAGCCUGAGGUAUUACACAAACCUGCAGGUGAAGACAGGCCAGCCGGUCCUCAUCAACCCCAAGAUCUGUGGCCAGUUCUGCUGUUGUGAAGUGUCAGGCUGUGAGCGGGAGGACGCCAUCUCUUACUACACACGCAUGAAGGACAGGCUGACGGAGAAGAUCGCAGAGGAGGAAUGUAGGUUCCAGUACCAGCCUUUGGGUAUGGCCUUCGUCACCUUCCAGGAGAAGUCCAUGGCCACCUACAUCCUGAAAGACUUCAACGCCUGCAAGUGUCAGGGCCUCCAGUGCAAAGGGGAGCCCCAGCCGUCUUCCCACAGCAGAGAGCUCUGCACCUCCAAGUGGACCGUCACCUUUGCCACUUACCCUGAGGACAUCUGCUGGAAGAACCUCUCGAUCCAGGGCCUCCGCUGGUGGCUGCAGUGGCUGGGCAUCAACUUCACUCUCUUCGUGGGGCUGUUUUUCCUGACCACGCCCUCUAUCAUCCUGUCCACCAUCGACAAGUUCAACGUCACCAGACCCAUCCAUGCACUGAAUAACCCAAUCAUCAGCCAGUUCUUCCCAACCUUUCUCCUGUGGUUCUUCUCCACCCUGCUCCCGACCAUCGUCUACUACUCCACGCUGCUGGAGUCUCACUGGACCAAGUCAGGGGAAAACCAGAUCAUGAUGACCAAGGUCUACAUUUUCUUGAUCUUCAUGGUGCUGAUCCUGCCCUCCCUCGGCCUCACCAGUCUGGAUCUUUUCUUCCGGUGGCUCUUUGACAAAACUUUCUCGGAGGCUUCUGUCAGGUUGGAGUGUGUCUUCCUGCCCGACCAGGGCGCCUUCUUUGUGAACUACGUCAUCGCCUCGGCCUUCAUCGGCAAUGGCAUGGAGAUGCUGCGGCUGCCGGGCCUCAUCCUCUACACCUUCCGCAUGAUCAUGGCCAAGACGGCCGCUGACCGAAGGAACGUCAAGCAGAACCAGGCCUUCGAGUAUGAGUUUGGUGCCAUGUACGCGUGGAUGCUGUGUGUCUUCACUGUCAUUGUGGCCUAUAGCAUCACCUGCCCCAUCAUCGCGCCGUUUGGCCUCAUCUACAUCCUGCUCAAGCACAUGGUGGACCGGCACAACCUCUACUUCGCCUACCUCCCGACCAAGCUGGAGAAGAAGAUCCACUUCACUGCCGUGAACCAGGCCUUGGCAGCUCCCAUCCUGUGCCUUUUCUGGCUCUUCUUCUUCUCCUUCCUGCGCCUGGGCCUGAAGGCCCCCACCACCCUGUUCACCUUACUGGUGCUGCUGCUCACCAUCCUGGUCUGCCUGGCCUACACCUGCUUUGGAUGCUUCAAGCACCUCAGCCCUCUGAACUACAAGACAGAAGAAUCGGCAAGUGACAAAGGAAGUGAAGCUGAGGCCCCCGCACCCCCACCCUUCACACCGUAUGUGCCCCGGAUUCUGAACAGCUUGGCCUCGGAGAGGACAGCUCUGUCCCCACAGCAGCAGCAGACGUACGGCACCGUUCACAACAUCAGUGGGGCUCUCCCGGGGCAGUGGUUGGCCCAGAACCCUGCAGACAGCGUGGCCGCCGCCUUCCAGGAGGCCUGAAGGCGAGCUGCCCGGCUGGGCCAGACUCGGAGAGCCAGGUGCUGAGGAGACACAGGAGCAGGAGCAUUGGACUCCAACCCCAACCAAGUUCAGGACUUCUCUCCACUGUCUCAGGCUCCACUGCUCUGAAAA